AUGAUGCCCGAUGUCCCCACCUCCGUAUCUCUUUCCAGACCCAAAAGGCGGAAUAGCAGCGGUGUCAGGAAUAUCAAGUCCCCGUCUCAGCCGCUUUAUCUGGUUAGCCAGCGUAAACAGUACAUCCUCUUGGAAAAAGAAACAUGUAAUAGGCAGUUAGGAUUUCUCCCCGUAUCCAGCGUCUCGUCUCCUCCCUUCAGGCGCCAAACCUUUUCCUCCCACUUCAGGGAGCUGUGUGCCGCUGCCGUGCGUCGUGGUGGUGGACGGAGGUCUGGUCCCCUCUUCUCAGUCUGA